CCAUUUUACAUGAAAAGAUUAGGGCUCCGCCAUGUUUGUUCUCCAUUAGGUCUUUUAUCUCCCAGCAAAUCAAAACGCCGUUUACGUUUGCACAGUGUGUCCCAGCCAAACAGGGUUGACAGCUUAAAUGUGAUUCGCGGGCGGCACUGUUUGGCAACCUAAAUAUUUUUCGUCACCAAGGAUACCCAAAUGCGCAGGACGGUUUUUGUCGUCCGUUACGUUGCUAGCGACCACAGAAGGCUACGUGUAGCGUGACAACAGCUUUAGCCAGGUGUUACUCCUACCUUAGCCACAAACAGUGCCGCAUUCUACCUCAAGCUUGGGCUAAAACUGUACUACAGCAACAAGGCAUCACCAUGGAUCCAGGACACGUAAAGUUGAUAGACUCCAACAUGGCGACGCUGGUUCGUGAACUAGAGCUGACGUCUAACUUCUACAGAGUGAUGCAGGACAAAAAUGUCUUCACGGACGAGCAUAUCAAGAAAAUCAAGGGAGAGUCCACGUCCGUUCAGCGGAAGACGAAGCUAAUAAAGCUGCUGAAGAGCCGCGGUCCUCACGUCUUCCACCUCUUCUGUGACUCUCUCAUGGAAACCGGACAGAUCAUGUUAGAGCGCACGCUCAGAAACAACGUGGACGCUUUGACAGAGAAGUCCAAGUCUGCUCACAUCACCAAGGAAGAGAAACAAAUCCUAAAGCGGAGACUCAAAGAGUUGAAGAGAAAACUCGACGACGACAUCAAAGAAGAACGAGGAUCCCUCAUUGAUCGUAUGAUCGCACUUCAGGAAGAUCUGGAGCAGAAGAUCGCAGAUCUAGAGAAAGAGCUGCAGUGGACGCGCCGACAGAAGGAGGCUUCGGAUUCACAAAGAGAUGAAGCUGUCAGAGACAAACGGAUGACACUCCUACAGGUCGAUACGUUGGAGAAAGAGUUGAGGAAGCUCGGGUUUGAAAAAGACGAGCUACGCCGAGAGCGAGACAUGGCGUUCAGCGCGGAGGAGACAGCAAAGAGGGAGAAGCAGAGCUACGAUCGGGCAAGGGAAGCGGCGGUACGGGACAAAGACGACCUCAGGCGGGAGAGAGACGAAGCGCUGCGGUCAAAAGACCAGGCGUGGCAGGAGAACCGCGUGCUGGCUAACGCCCUCUCGGAGAGAGAUGUCGCCGUGGCCGAGCGAACCCGCGCCGUGAGGGAAAAGAACGAAGCCGUCGCCGAGAGGGAGAGAAUGCAAGCCGAGCUCAUCUCAGCAGCGAGAGAUCGUGACAUCUUCCUGAAGGAAAAAACAGCCGCGCAGAAAGAGAAGGAAAGAUACAACUCCGUCAUGGUCAAGGCGCUGGCUGACAAGGAAGAGUCGGAAAGAACGCGAGACGAGUCCGUCAGCGAGAAAGUCCAGGCAGUGUCAGAGAGGAACAGGAUGGAAAAAGAAAUGAUGGAAGCCAAGAAAGACCGAGAUUUAGCUAUACGUGAGAUGAACAAGGCGAUCCGGGAAAGAGAAGAGGCCGUGUUGGAACGCCUUCGUGCAAUAGAACAGAGCAGAGCGCUGGAGAAACAGAAGGAUGCCGCACUAACUGCACUGGGAGGGUCCGGCAAUGCACUGGACAUGCUCCAUAGGGACACACCGGACUCACAGUUAAGCUAAGGACUCACUUAGUCUGUUAUAAUGGACUGUAUCUGUGGAAUUAUCAUAUAUUUUUUUUAAACACGGAAAAAUAGACUACGCAUACCAAUUCAGGGAAGUUUGUGAAACCAAUAAAUUUAUGAUAGAUGCUCAAGGAUAUUCAAUAAAAACAAAGAACAUUUUAUAUAUAGACUGGAUUUUCAAAAUCGUAUUUGAUAGCGAUAUUCUGAAGAUAAACGAGACAAACAUAUCAUCUUUAAAGUUAUAAUUUGAACAUGUAUAUGAAGACAACAUGACUAAUGUAGUUGAGUUAUUUCCACUUUAUGAAGUGUUUCCAUGCACAUGCACAACUUAACGUACUUUACUGCACAGGGUAUUGAGGCAUACGUGCCUUUGGGAAUUGUCAAUCACAUCUUAUGUAACUUUACCUGUGUUUUGUAGAGGCACCUGUAAAUCACAAUAGACACGUCUUUUUUUCAUUAAAAAGAACAGU